AUGCCUUUUGGUAUUCUCGAAGACUACAAGCUGGAGAUAGUGCCUGGCACGGCACUACUUCGCGAUGCAGAAGAACUGCCGGGAGAGCUUCGAGUUGUGCCAACGGAGCGUCUGAAACAUGGCACUGGACGCUUCUCUCACGUCGUGCUUGUGCCGCAACCUUCAGACAGCCCCAAUGACCCUUUGAAUUGGCCAACAUGGCGGAAGGACUUGAUUCUCUUCAUCGUGGGCAUGUCGGCUGCCGUCGUAGGAGCUUAUGGGCCUAUGCUGGGACCUGGCUUUGUGCCCAUUGCUGCUGAGCUUGGGAUCUCUGUGCCUGUACUGGGUCAGGCGACUGCUUGGCUGAUCCUUACACUGGGACUCGUGGUCUUCUUCAUCAACCCGCUCGCGAAGAUCUACGGCAAGCGUCCAGUCUACGUAUUCGCAUCCACCAUUUUGUUCGUCGUCUCGAUCUGGGGAGCCGUUGCUAAAGACUACCCAACAUUCCUAGCAAGCCGCGUCGUAGGCGCCUUGGGCAUGGCACCGUACGAAGUUCUGGUCCAGGCCACAAUCGCAGACUUGUAUUUCGUUCACGAGCGUGCAACGCGGAUAGCAAUCUGGAACCUCUUCUUGCUCUGCGGUAUCGCAGGCGCCGGCUUCAUCUCUGGCUACAUCAUCGAAGACCUCGGCUGGAAAUGGACAUUCUGGGUCUGCUCCAUCUUAUUCGGCAUCUUUGGCUUCGGUAUUCUCUUCUUUGUGCCAGAAACCAAUUAUGUUCGCAGCGGUGUCACCUCGAAUGUUCUCGCCAAGACGGGAAUCCAGGACCAGGAGCGCGGCGCGGAGAACGAGAAGAUUGACGAGAAGGCUGGCAUGCAUGUUGAGCACAAAGAGCUGCCGAGGAAGGUCACUGGCAAUGGUUCCAAUCCAGAAGCCGCCAGUGAGCCGAAAAUGUCGUAUGUCAAGUCCUUGAGCUUGUUCACAGGAAGAUACACGAACGGGAGCGCGUGGAAGAUCUUUGCCCGGCCAUUUGUCAUGUUCUUUUACCCAAGCGUCUUCUGGGGAUUUUUGAUAUACGGAACGACUCUCACCUGGAUCGUCGUCUUCUCCGUCGUCAACGGCGUCCUGUUCACACAACCGCCGUACAACUUCACCGUCGGCGAAGCGGGCUUGACUUCUCUAAGCCCUUUCAUCCUCUGCAUCAUAGGAGAAGCCGUGUCCGGACCGCUGAACGACUGGAUCUGUGUCAAUCUGGCGAAGCGCAACCACGGUGUUUAUGAGCCGGAGUUCCGGCUCGUCCUGAUGGUCGUGGUAGUUAUCCUUGGCGUUGUCGGUUUCUACGGCUUCGGCGCCACAGUUGACGCCCAAACCCACUGGUUCGGCCCUGUCGCAACGUACGGUCUGGCAAACAUGUCUCUGGCAUUCGCGAGUACCUGCGUCUUUGGCUACAUCCUCGACAGCUACCCUCGACUGGCCGAAGAAGCGUUCGUUGCCAUCAACACUCGGAAUCUGUUGACCUUUGGACUGGUAAUUAGACAAUCCCCACAUUGGCUGUGCUCUGCUGACUUGUUUCUGAAGACCUACUUCGUCAACUCCUGGAUCGAAAGAGACGGUGCCCUGAUCGUCUUCAACAUCCUGGGUUCCUGCUUUCUCGCCGUCUGCUUGCUGACCAUCCCGCUGUGGAUCUACGGCAAACGCAUUAGGUCGUGGACAGCGAGGAACGAGUUUUUGCAGGAGUUUAUGCGCGAUAUAUAA